CUAGAGGACGCAGUCCUCGAUCGACGAGUCUUCAAUCUAACCUCUGUAAUAUCUAACCUCUAAUAUGUAAUAUUUACAUUAGUUACAUCUCACAGCAAUAACUUACAUAUCCUGUAAGAAUUUCAUUAUUAUAUGUAUAAGCUGAAACCAUAAGUAACAAUUAUCUGUGGCGCUGAAAUCAUAAUAUCUCAUUAAAAUCAAUAUACAAGGUAUUUGCAAUUUACAAUUUUGAAGAAUAUUUGUUGAACAAAGUUGACUUUCUGAAAUUUCUCAUUGUAUUUAGCCCAGAUAUUUUUAAGCUGUUCAAUAUGACAUUAGAGAUUUUUAAAUUUUUAAGUGGUAAAUUGACGAGAAACGCUACUGGUAUAAUAACUGUUAGUAUUUUGAUGACAGAAGUAAUUUGGCAGUUGUACAAAAAAUAUUUUAACCAUUUUGAAAAGAAAGCUGUUAUGUCCAAUAGUUGUAUAAAACUAGAUAAAGCUACAAAGAAUGAAGCAAAAAUCUUUGACGUUAUGUUCUUCUCAAAAGAUUCAGCUUUAUGUAGAUUUAAAAUGGAACCAUGUGCAAAACCGGAUUGUGCUGUAAAAAAUUUAAGGAAGAUUGUAGAUUAUUUUGAUUCUGCAAUGAAUACUGUGGACAUAUGCAUAUAUUUCUUUACAUGUCCAUUGUUAGCAAAUGCAAUAGUAAAUGCUCAUAAAAGAGGUGUUGUCAUAAGAUUGAUAAUGGAUGAGACCAUGACACAUCAUGAUAGCAGCCAAAAUUUACUUUUUUACAAAGCAGGCAUUGAACCAAAAUUAAAAUCUUUUGACGUGUUGGUGCAUCAUAAAUUUGCCAUUAUUGACAAUAGUAUUUUGAUAACUGGCAGCACAAAUUGGACUAUGACAGCAUUUUUUGGAAAUUUUGAGAAUAUAUUAGUAACCAAUGAGUCUGAGUUAGUCAAGCCCUUUGUAAAUGAAUUUAACAGGCUGUGGACAAUAUUUGAUACUGCAGUUGCACCUGUAGUUAAAACUGAUACCUGUGACUAAUUAUGACAGUUGAGGGCUUAUUUAUUUCAAAGUGUAUUAACAAAGUGGACUUUUUAUGAAAAUCUAUAUAAAAUAUAU